CAUUGAAGAUUCAGCUCUCAGAUAACAUCGACGUGUAGAAGGAUCAACAACACACAUCAGCCCAGCUUACGCUCUUCAGGUGACCGGUCAAAUUGACAGAACAAACUAUUGGAGACUCUUCAUGCAUAUCGACUUUCCAGGAUUGGCAGCAGUGGGCCCGUGGUGGUCGUCCCACUAUGUGAGGACAGUGGCCGCUAUGGAGGGACGCACCGAAGACGAGGGGGGAAUCACCAAGCAGCGGGGGGUGUUGGGGGCACCACGCCCCUUCUCCAUCGAGUCCCUCAUCGGUGGCGAGGGGGAACGUGGAGGGGGCGCUGGUGACGUCAUCUGCCCCCGGGGGCCACCCUACCACCUGGGUGCCUGGCCCCCGGCCCCCUUGCCACCCCUGCCGUUUCUCUACGGCUCCUGGUUGCCCCUGGUGCCCCCCUCACACCACAUGCUCGGCCUCGGCCCCCCUGGGCCCCCCAGCGACGACUCACGCUCUGAUUCUCGGUCACCCCUCACGCCCCACGAUCUCACCACCACCGCCAAGUCAACUAGUGGACAAAGCGAUGCGGGUUCCCCGGAAGAGGCGAGCACAGAGGAAGGCGGUGGCAAGGGGUGUUCGGAGAACGGAGGCGGCAGCAGUGGGUCGGGAGGCAGCAAAACGCGGAGGCGGCGGACUGCCUUCACCAGCGAGCAACUGCUUGAGUUGGAGAGGGAGUUCCACGCCAAAAAGUACCUCAGUCUCACCGAGAGGUCGCAAAUCGCCACUGCCCUCAAGCUCAGUGAAGUACAGGUGAAAAUCUGGUUCCAGAACCGGCGCGCGAAGUGGAAACGCGUGAAGGCAGGCCUGACCUCUUCGUCGGGUGCGGGGGGUCACCGGGCCGGUAACGGACACCCGUCGUCCGGCGGCUGCAAGAUCGUCGUGCCCAUUCCCGUCCACGUCAACCGCUUUGCGGUGCGCAGUCAACACCAGCAGCUGGAGAAGUGUGCGGCGCUCAGGCCGCAGCCGCAACCGCAACCGCAACCGCACACAGACUCGCUGCAACUCGAUGCUGCCUACUCUGUGUGCAGAGACACACUCUAAUUAGUGCAGUUCUAGUGGGGACAGACACGGCUGGACGCUAUGUUAGUGCGGAAAUUGAUAGACUGUGUUGAGCUUGGUCUCUACUUGGAAUUAUUUGUUAUAAAGUCUGUUGAUUUAUCUGUUCUGAGAAUAGACCUUAUCGAUUGAUAAUACAGUAUUACUAUUUUGGUUUUCAACACCAGGAAAAAUUCACCAUCAUAGAUAAUUGAUAUAUCUAUAUUAUUCCAAAUGUGCUUCGAUAGUUACAUGUAACAAAAUCGAUGACAUUGAGAACUUAAAGUAUUUGUUGUUCUUGACGCUUGAGAUAAGUUACAUUGGAAAUUGGAGUUCAGCUGUAUAUUAUGAAUUAUUAAUAUUAGAAGUGAUGUUUACGAUUCUUAAAUCAAAUUCAUACUGAUAAAUCAAAUUCUUAAAUUCUUAAAUCAAAUUCAUUCUUCAUCAAAUUCAGCUGAUAUCGAUUGAAUAUGACCCUAUGAUAUUAUUGACCCUAGUACAGGUCUAGUAUAAUUGAAAGUUGAGGCCAAGCUCAAGGCACUGUAACUCAUCAGUGCAAACCUGUAAAGUUUAUUAACAUCUUUUUAGAAAAACUGUUACUGGAAAACAAGCUCAAAGUCAUAUUCUUGAAAUGAGCUUUAAGAUAGUGAACAGUAAGGGAAUGAGAUUAAUUCAGUCAUAUUUUUGGAUCAUUUGAGAUCAAUAUGAUCGAGUUUCACCACUGAACAAAGUCAAAUUAUCAAUGCAAUGGCACACAAUCUAGACUAAGAAAGGAUUUGACUAAAAAUCAUACGAGCAAUAAUUUGGAAUAAACAACGAAAAUGAUUAAGAUGAACAACAGAAAUUUGAGUUUGAGUACUGCAAUGCCAUUUGUCGUCUAGAAAUUGGAUGGAGAGUGAUUAAAGAUGCAACGAUGAUUCAUGUUCGUUACAUGUUCUGUUGAUUCUGAUGAAAAUGAGUGACUUAUUUUUAGCCAGGUCAUUCGACGACAGUUGAAGCUAGACUGGACAAGACAUAUACAAACAUUAAAUGACAGGAGAGAACAUUUUAUGAACAGAAGUAGAUUUACAUCAUCAAUGAUUAUUAUGAUUAUGGUGCUGUUGUGAAUGAUUGUGCUGUGAUGAAUAUUUAACAACUUCAGGGAGCUAAUUUGUGAAUACAAGUGUAACAAGGGCUAUUUUAUACUUUAUUUGGAGUCAUCAUACAAAUUCAGCUUUCUGAAUUUGGUUAUUCAGUUGUGACACAUGAUUUCGUUCUAUAAAUAGUCAUUCAUCCAAUGUAAAUUGUUCUAAAGUGGGAAUUUUGACACGAAUAAUCACAGAGAUGGGUGACAAGAACUUAUGUAACGACAAUCCUGGUAUGGUUUUGGUUGAAUAACAAAGCAGAUUUUACAAUUUUCGGAAACAAGGCAGUUAUCCAAUUUUCCUCUCAACACAUAACGUACUUUUGGGCUAUGGUACUGCAACAACUUUGUGUUGAAGUUUAAUUGGAUAAAAUCUUUGUUAUCAAAUUGCUUUCUGUUUUACUAUUGAAAUGGUUGUAGUGUACAUAAUUUUAUUCAAUGAUAAGUCAAAAAUCUAAUUUCGGCUAUAACGAAUACAACUGAGCAAUUUGCAAGGGAUUGGAAUAUAGAUUUCAUUCAAAUAUAUCUGAGUUUUGUUUUGUGGAAUGGGCUAUUGUCACAAAACAACUGAAGAUGUAUGAAAAUGUAAAUCCAAUUCAUGGCUCUCACCUUUUCCUCCUGGUUUCACCUUAAAGAAGGAAUGAUCUGUAUUUGAAUAUGUUUUAUUCGUAUCCUCACGAGAACAAUAUCUCAAUUCAGUUGCAGUAAAAAGUAACAGAUUUAAAACCUAGUGAAUCUACCAUCCUAUCGGUUUUAAUCAUUUUUCAACUGGAAUUGGGAGAAUCCUUUGGUUUAUACAUAACAUACAUGUCUCUCUCAUGCAUAAUAAGCACGAUAAGAAAUAUGGAUAUUUAUUCUUGAUCACAGAGUAGUGAACAUCAAAACAAUUGAUCUUAUGAAACUAUAUUAAAUAACCAAAAACCCGUAAUAUUUAUGUUAAUAAAUUGAAUCUAGUUGACAUCUCGAAAUACGAUGUUGAACUUUUUCUAAUGUCACAAAACAAUUGAAGAUAUAUGGAAAUGUUCAUUCAAUUCAUGGUUCUCAUCUUGAAGAUGGAAUGAUUUGCAUUGAAAUAUUUUUAGUUAACAUCCUAUAGCAUAUAAAAUGCGAUGUUGAAUACGAUAGAAUUCAUGGAUUCAACUUGUAUUCAAACAUUUCAAAUAAGAGUCUUAUUGGGCACAUGGUACCAGGACUUUGGUUGAAACAACACUUCGGAAUAAUAAAACUUAUAGUGGCUACUGUUACAUCAAUAAGAGAUAACGGAUGUUUUAACUGACGUUGAACAAUGCGAGCAAUAUAAUACAAUGAUGAGUGUAGGAUUUGGGAAAAUAAAAUCAAUAAAAAUGAUUGGCAUCCUCAAAGAUGCCUUUCAAAAUAUUCUCAUAUAAUGUAAAUAUGACAAAUAUUUAUUACAAUAUCUGUACCUGUAAAUGUAUUUGUAGCACUGUAAAUAGAUAUUAGACCUACGAUUCUUAGUAAUAUGUUAUUUAUACUUGAAAAUUGUAAUAUAUUGUUAGAAUAAAGUUUUCCAUGUGUAUUGAGAAA